AUGGCGCCUCUCCAUAAGCCAGCUAAUCAACUGGCACAACAGAAUCCGGGAUUUUUGGACGCCAUGUAUGCUGCCUUUCAAGCCAUGGCCACUAGAGCUCAAAAUGAGCGGGCGGUUGAGGAUAGGAAGCAAGGUUACUUCCAGAAAUUUAGGCGUGCGGCUAUCCCCUUGUUUAACAGUGAAGGAGGACCCCAGGAAAUAGAGUUCUGGUUUGACUCUAUAGUCAAGCACUUGAGUACUAUGGGAGUCCCAGAUGAAUACUGGGUGGAAUUUGCAGUAAACAAGAUGGAGGGCUUAGUAAAUACUUGGUGGAAACAGGUCAAAAGAAGAAUAGAUGUUGCAAGACUGACCUGGGAGCAGUUUGAGAUACUAUUCAAUGAGCAGUACUUCCCUCGGAGUUAUAGGGAUGAAAAAGCAUUGGAAUUCAUGUCUCUGCUGCAAGGUGACAUGUCUGUAAGGGAGUAUAAGGCCAAGUUUAAUGACCUAUCCUAUUUUGCGCCAUCUUUGGUGGAAUCUGAACACCUUAAAUGUCUUAAGUUUGAGAAGGGCCUCAAGAACUCUGUGACGAGACCAUUGGUGGCAUUCAGAAUCUGGAAUUUCUGGGUUUUGGUGGCUACUGCUACUAGGGUGGAGCAGGAUAGCAUAACCUAUCACCAAAGCAAAGAACUAGCUGGACAAGUUUCAGCUUCUGGCGGACCAUCAACUUCCGGCGGGCCACAGCGGAGUGGUAGAAGGAACCGCAACCAGGGACAACCGGGUGGGGGAGUGAUUAGUGGUGGCAGUAGUUCAUCAGGAAGUGACAGAAGUGCUCCAUACGGGCCCAAGUGUCACCAUUGUGGGCAGGUGCCACACACUCUUUUGUAUCAAGCUCUUUCAUUCAGACUUUGA